AUGAAAUCAAUUAUUGCCAUCUUAUUGGUCAUUUGUUUACAUAUAAUUUCUUCGCAGGCACAUAAAAUUCCUAAAAUUCCAGGUCCAUGGAUUGUAACAGAUAUUGCUGGAAAACAAAAGUAUCCUGGUUCAACAUGUACCCUUACAAUACUUUCCCCAAAUAAAACCACUAUUAAUGUUAAUAUCCUCCAAAGAGGAUCUCCUUUUAACCAAUCUCUUCUCACAAACGUCAAAUUAUGCCGCGGAAGCAACAAAGUUACUGUUAAAUUACCAUCGUCAGGUGUUGUAGCAGAUCCUAGAUAUUAUUUCACCAUAUAUAAUACUAAUGGUCUUAGAAUUGAUUAUUCUGCAACCUUCCAAAUUGGAGAUCCUAAAUUUGGUAUCACCAUUCGUAAACCAGUCGCUGGUGAUAUUUUAAAAAUAGGCCAAACAUUAAAAGCUAGCUGGUUCGGUUCCUAUGUUCCUCCAGGUUAUAGUCAAAAUAAUUUCACAGUAGUUAGAGCUUUACUUGAACCUGCAAUCAUUCCACCAAGUCAACCCGUUACAGCUUUCAAUUUUAUUCCUGGUCAGAAUUUAACUUUCUCAUCUGGUUGUCUCAAAUUCACAUUACCUAAUUCAAUACCUCGUAAUACUUUAUAUAAAUUUGGAUUUUUGAUUGUAUCUUCAAUUUCACCAUAUAAUCAGCAAAUUUAUUCAGCUGGUCCAACAGAUGUUGCUGGGAAAUGUACUUCCUCCUAUAAAACCACUAUUAAUGUUAUCAAAUUAUGCCACGGAAGCAACAAAGUUACUGUUAAACUUCCAUCCUCAAGUUUUUCACAGAAGUAA